AUGGCAACCUCAUCACUCUUUUUGAGAUGCCUUACCAUCUCUAGCUUCAUAACUUCCAUUACGGCACUCACAGGAUAUCAGUUGGAGGAAAGCUAUAGUGGCAACACUUUUUUCGAUGCGUUUGAUUUCUUUACAGCGCCCGAUCCAACUCAUGGGUUUGUGACAUAUGUGAGUGAAAGUGCUGCUUCGCAGCAAGGAUUGAUAUCGGUGAGAAGUGAUGGGGUUUAUAUGGGAGUUGAUUCCAAAACGAUAUUGAAUCCUAGUGGACCGGGAAGAAAUAGUGUAAGGAUUGAGAGUAAAAAAAGUUGGACUCAUGGACUUUUCAUCGCGGAUUUGGGUCAUAUGCCUGGUGGCGCCUGUGGUUCUUGGCCAGCGAUGUGGACUGUGGGCAAUAAUUGGCCAUAUAAUGGGGAAAUCGAUAUCAUUGAGGGUGUGAAUAGCCAGAAUCACAAUCUCAUGUCUUUGCACUCUGGUCCAACAUGCUCAGUCGCUGGUUCAGGACAAACUGGCACUCUCCAGACCGCCAACUGCAACAACUUCGCCAAUCCCGUCGGUGUCGGUUGCGGAAUAAGCGAUCCACGUACCAACAGCUAUGGCCGAGGGUUCAACCUCAAUGGUGGUGGUAUCUAUGCCAUGGAAUGGACGUCCUCCCACAUCCGCGUCUAUUUCUUUCCAGCUGGAUCAGCACCCGCAGAUAUCAACGGACCAAACCCCGAUCCAAGUAAAUGGGGAACUCCAGUUUCAAAUUUCGAAGGUGAUUGUGAUAUUGAUACUCAUUUCAAAGAAAAUAGAUUGAUUUUUGAUACGACGUUCUGUGGAGAUUGGGGAAGUGCUGUUUGGUCAAGUGAUGCUACUUGUGGAUCAAAAGCGGCAACUUGUGUGGAUUAUGUGGCGGGUAAACCAGAGGCUUUUGGUGAUCAAUACUGGUUGGUCAAAUCAGUCAAGGUAUAUCAACUUGGAAACGUCGCCAGUCCAGCACCUUCCAGCACUCCAAUCGCAGUACCAGCACCUUCUCCCAGUGCCGUAGCACCACAAGCAUCUCCUGCCGGUCCACAGCAAUCACAAAAUCCUCCAGCUCCAGCUGUUACCCCCGCAACUCCGGCCAAUUCACCAGUCGCUCAACCACCUUCCCCACCCAGCGGUAACAACAACCCCACCCCAAACGACGACUCCAUCCUCAACCACAUCUCCGAUUUCGUCGGAAGUAUCGGCGACUUCGGCGACUUCAACGACGAAGGAACCCCACUGACGAUCUCACAAACCUCUUCCCCGCCUCUCCCGCUCUCCCCAGCGUAGCCCCCCGCUUUCGAACUCCUCGGUAUCGGAUCUGGAGGUAUCCCAGAUUUCGACCUCGAUAUCAACGCGGAGAAUUAUCUCAAUGCCGCAAAAGAUGAUUUGAAAGGACAACUUCAGGGACUCGCUAAACAGGCGGUGGCAUGGACGGGAGAUGAGGGUGGGAAUGAGGAUGCGGCUGCGGAGACGGGAAACCCGUCAAGAGUCAUUGUGGCGAAACCGUUUUAUCCUGAUGAAGCUGGGAAUGGGAAUGAGACGGCGGGAUCGGUGGCUAGUCCGACGCCCGGGUUGAAUUUGGGGGAGAAAAGUAAUGUGGUGGCUUUUGAGGGGGGCGCGGCGGAGAUGGUGAGUGGAGGGUUGGUGCUUUGGGGGGCGGUGGUGGUUGUUUGGGGGUGGGCUAUGAUGUAA